CUGCUUUUUGAUGUUGUCGCGGUUGCCUGCACUCGGACUCGGGAUUUGAUAACUUCUGCCGGAUUAAGCUUGUCUUGCAUAUGGACAGCUUUCAUCGUGAACCUGCGCCUGGGAAAUGCUUUUCCGUCGUCAGGCUCCGUUUUAGUCACCUUAUAAUGUCUGCGUCUCUGCAGACGUAUAAAAAGCAGAACUAGUCGGACUUCAAGCAACCACCGGCACACUAAACUACCGACAAUGUUUUCUCCCAGACAAUCUGUUCUCGCUAUUGUGGCUCUGUCUAUCAGCGUGGUCAGUGCCUUCACCGGCCCCGCCACCUUUUACGACCCCAACGGACUCAUCGGGGCCUGCGGUAACCCUUUGCAAAAUUCCGACCUCAUAGUAGCGCUCUCCAUUUCCCAGUACGCCGGAGGCGCACACUGCGGGACGCAAAUCAGUGUAUCCUACGCCGGCAACUCUGUUUCUGCCACCGUUGCCGACGAAUGCCCUACUUGCGCUGGCGACGGGAUUGACCUCUCGCCUGCCGCCUUCCAACAGCUCGCCAGUCUUGAUGCUGGGGAAAUUCAGGUGACUUGGGAUUUUGAGUAGAUGGUGGUCCAUCUUUGAUGGGAAUGUCGAUCCCCCGUCUGUUAAAUUUAUAUAUCAAUUUAUGGUGACUGUUAAGUCUGUUUAUUCGAAUGCCGGUGCUAGA